CUCCCAAGCAACCUCCUUCCCUUUCAACCCCCAGAUUUGAACCUUUGUAUCUCUUUCUCAUCCACCUCACUUUCCCACCGCUGGUUGGGAUAUUUAUAUUCCUCUAUAUCUCUGCUUGUUCACCCAUUACCAUUGUUCGCAACCAACUCACUUGAACUCAUUCACAUUCCGCUGUCACGGCUAGAUUUGCAAAAACUCGAAUCUUUUAGACACUUCCUAAUACACCUCAACAAAAUGGCCGACACACCUGCUCCUUACUCCGGUCCCAUGUUGACCUUCAUCAGUGGCGACGGCGUGCACAUUGAGUGUGAACGUGAUGUUGCCGAGCGCUCCCUCCUCAUCAAGAACAUGCUGGAAGAUCUGGGUGGCGCCAACGAGGAGAUUCCGAUCCCUAAUGUCAACGAAGCUGUUCUGAAGAAGGUCAUCGAAUGGUGCAGACACCACAAGAACGACCCCCCCAGCACUGGCGAGGAGGAUGACUCCCGCCGCAAGACCACCGACAUCGACGAGUGGGAUCAGAAGUUUACCCAGGUUGACCAGGAGAUGUUGUUCGAGAUCAUUCUGGCCGCAAACUACCUCGACAUUAAGGGUCUUCUGGAUGUCGGAUGCAAGACUGUCGCAAACAUGAUCAAGGGCAAGUCUCCGGAAGAGAUCCGCAAGACCUUCAACAUCCAGAACGACUUCACCCCCGAGGAGGAGGAUCAGAUCCGCCGUGAGAACGAGUGGGCCGAGGACCGCUAAAUCUGCGUUAAUCCAUGACAUCAGUAUGCUGACUCCGACGGCUUGUUGAUUGCAAGCAAGCCGAGGAAGAUGAGCUAUCAUGAUGUUUUAAUUCGGGUCUCGUUGGGUCUCAGGUUGCAGUUCAUGGAGUUACUAGUCUUUUACUUUUUCACUCAAUUCUCUCAACGCCAGCGGUUUGCUUUCUCAAUCUCUCUUUUCCCUUUGGCCCUUGCCAUUCGUUCGUUAUGAGCAGGGGAUAGAUGUAGCUCUAAAGUAGUACAUGGUUAACUAACACUUUUAACGCCAUUGCGCAUAUUGUUGCCAUAAUAUAACCUUGUUC